AUGCAUUUCUCGACACUUGCGAUGAUGGUGAUGUUGUCUACUAGGGGUACAGCUCUAGUUGUGGAGAAGGCAAAACUAUAUUCCGAAGACGCAUGCGGAGGGCGAGCCUAUACAGUCAAUCCGGACGACACGUGUACACUCUUACCUAGAAAUUUGCAGAAGAAAGUCAACGGUGCCAAGGUUCCGGAGGGUGUUGUCUGCGAUUUCUACACCGACGAGAAAUGCAAAGAGCCGCUGUGGAUUGGAAUGGAAGACCCCGGAACAUGCGGUUUCAGUGAACUGGAGAUUGAAAACAAGGCUGUGAGCGUUCACUGCUAUGACGAUACCGAACGUGAGGAGAUUUGA